ACGCAGGGAGCUGCCAGCCAGCGGUCUGAGCGCAGGCGGAGCCCUGGCGUCCUGCUCCGGGUGCCACUCGCAGCAGGGCGGCGGCAAGCAUGGCUACGGCGGCGGCCGUGGCGGUGGCCCGUGGGGCCGGGGCGAGGGCGGCGGCGGCCCUGUGGGGCGGCUGCGGGAGUGUGGCCCGGGGGCGGCCGCGCGCGGGCCCCGCACGGCCCUUGUGCACAGCCCCUGGGACGGCCCCGGACAUGAAAGGCUACUUGUGGGAGCGCUACCGGGAGGCGAAGAGGAGCGCGGACGACUUGGUUCCUUCAAUUAUGAGCAACUUGUUGAAUCCAGAUGCCAUUUUCUCGAACAAUGAGAUGAGCCUGUCGGAUAUUGAAAUCUAUGGCUUCGAUUAUGAUUAUACCUUGGUGUUUUAUUCCAAGCACCUGCACACGCUGAUAUUUAAUGCUGCUCGGGACCUUCUCAUCAAUGAACACCGGUAUCCGGUGGAAAUCAGGAAGUAUGAGUAUGACCCAAAUUUUGCAAUUCGUGGACUUCAUUAUGAUGUGCAGCGGGCAGUGUUGAUGAAGAUUGAUGCUUUCCAUUACAUCCAGUUGGGAACCGUCUACAGAGGCCUCAGUGUUGUCCCCGAUGAAGAAGUCAUUGAAAUGUACGAGGGGUCCCACGUGCCUCUGGAACAGAUGAGUGACUUUUAUGGAAAGAGUUCUCAUGGAAACACCAUGAAGCAGUUCAUGGACAUCUUCUCCCUGCCAGAGAUGUCCCUCCUGUCCUGUGUGAAUGAAUACUUCCUCAAGAACAACAUUGACUAUGAGCCUGUGCAUCUGUACAAAGACGUAAAGGAUUCAAUUCGAGAUGUGCACAUCAAAGGAAUCAUGUACAGCGCGAUCGAAGCAGAUAUUGAGAAGUACAUCUGCUACGCUGAGCAGACCCGCGCGGUGCUGGCCAAGCUGGCCGACCACGGCAAGAAGAUGUUUCUCAUCACCAACAGCCCCAGUAGUUUCGUGGACAAAGGGAUGAGGUAUAUUGUUGGAAAAGACUGGAGGGACCUGUUUGAUGUGGUCAUCGUUCAGGCCGAGAAGCCAAGCUUCUUUAAUGAUAAGCGGAGACCUUUCCGCAAGGUGAACGAGAAAGGUGUCUUACUCUGGGACAAGAUCCACAAGUUGCAGAAAGGCCAGAUUUAUAAGCAGGGCAAUCUAUAUGAAUUUUUGAAGCUUACUGGAUGGAGAGGAUCCAAAGUGUUGUAUUUUGGUGACCACAUAUACAGUGACCUGGCGGAUUUGACCCUGAAGCACGGCUGGCGAACUGGUGCGAUUAUCCCAGAGCUGAGGUCCGAGCUCAGGAUCAUGAACACGGAGCAGUACAUUCAAACCAUGACCUGGCUGCAGACCCUGACCGGGUUAUUGGAGCAGAUGCAGGUUCACAGAGACCCUGAGUCACAGCUGGUUUUGCAGGAGUGGAAAAAGGAAAGAAAGGAAAUGAGAGAAAUGACCAAAAAUUUCUUCAAUACCCAGUUUGGAAGUUUGUUCCGCACAGACCAGAACCCGACCUACUUCCUGAGGCGCCUGUCACGCUUUGCCGACAUCUACAUGGCGUCUCUGAGCUGCCUGCUGAACUACGACGUCAGCCACACGUUCUACCCGCGGAGGACUCCGCUGCAGCACGAACUUCCCGCCUGGUCGGACGGGGCCCCCACCUUCAGACUCCCCCUCCUGCAGGAGGCCCAUGCCAAGUAACCGGGGGCCCAGCUGCAGAAAGAGCCAGAAGCAGGGACAGCCCCCAACUGGCUGGACGUGAUGGGGUUGACUUGUGUGCAGACGAGUGUUGCUUUUGAAAAAGAUACAAAUAUGCCUUUUGAUAUUUAUUACCUUAUGGAGACUCCUUCCACGUUGUUAAGACUGAAGCGAGCAGCCCACCAGUUCCGUCUUCGCAUUUCUUGUUGGGCUGAGUGGGAAGCUUCAGACUGAAACCCGGCCAUCAGCCUUUUUGUUUACCAAGAUCUUGGAUCGGGUGUCGUGUUUCCGGGCCAGUGAGACCCCUUGAUGCCAUCUCUCAGUUCUUGCUGCUGUAGUGUUGAAACUGUUCUCGACUCUUCCGUGGAAAACGGGCUGACCAUUCCCGGAUCGUGCUCCGGGGACCUCAGGGCACAGCGCCGUGCGACAGUCAGCAGCUCGCGGAAAGCUGACGGAGGAGUCCACACGCUCCAUGAUAGCCUCGCACGGCAGUAAGUAGCAGAGGUGGCCCCCACGUGGCCUCCAGCGCCCAUGGUGCAGGGUACCAGGGGUUAGGCUUCCUGGAGCGGCCGCCCUCAAAGGGAGACUCUGCCUCCUUGCCAAAAAAGGCUUCUGUAACAGAACAAGAGAAGUUGCAAGUCCUUGCCCCGUGGUUGUCCUCUGCGGCUGCUUCCCGGGUUCUACCCUGCCCUGGGAGCACCUGCGGUGUCGCUGGUGACAGGCGGGUCCACUCCUCCCGCGGGUAGGGAGGGCGAGGAGAGGGGCCCUGCCUUACAGCCCGGCUGACCGGCCGUGCAGAAUCCAGCGGCGAGACACAAGCAGGCUGGAGGGACCGGCGCCUCCAUGGUGGGCCUCCUGGGGGUUCAUCCCCCCCUGAAAACGCCACCCAGGUGUUGGCUUGAGGUGCUCUUUGGAGGACAGAAAAUGAAGCAGGCAAAAAAAAUGUCCUGCCGUGAUGUGCCCCUUCUGGAGCCCUGCGGGGUUAGGAUCUUGUUAAAACACUCGCAUGACCCUCGGGGGAGGUGGUGGCGGCCCUGUCACUGCUUAGCUGCCCCAGCGCCAUCCUCCCCUUCGAGCUCCCCCCAGCCGUGUGGCUAUUUGGGGAGCGUGGGCGGUUUUCCCGAGGUGUGCGUUGAAGGUGGGAGAGGAUGAAGGGCGGGCAAAGCCAGGAGGAGACUUAGGAUUGGCCCGGCUCGUCCAGCGUCUCAUGGCCCUCUGAGGCCCACGUGAGGGGCACGCGUGUUUAUCCGCAGUGGGUGCGGAUGGCGGCACCUGGAACGGGGGCGUGUGGGCAGUGCUCGCUUGUUCUGCAUUUUACUGUGGUCCGUGUAGUGGAGCCAGCUGCGGAUGAAAUUUCAGCUUGGCUUUCCACGGACCACCUGCCACGGCCCACAAAUGACGUGGGGUGCACGGCUUCCCUCGUGAUGCCCUGCGUGAUGCCCUUUAGACCCAGGAGGCCCGACUCGGCCCCUUUUUUACUUUAAAACUUUGUUAUACAUCCAGUAGGCCAUUCCUCUUCAGGAACGGGGUAGGCCUUCUGUCGGCUGGGUGUUAGCUCCUGUGUGGCUAGAGCAUCAGAAGGUAGUGUAGACGGGCAUCUGAUGGGUGCUGGAGGGCCCAGGAGCACUUGGUACUGGGGUCCUUGGCACACAGGCUGUGCUCUUGGCCUUGGAGUUUCUGUCUGGAGGAGCUGAGUGAAGAAGUAAAACAGUUUUUUUUCCCCUCUGAGUUUUAAUCUAAUCAGAUAGUCAUCCCUGUCUUCUUGGUGCCAGUUACAGGGUGUCUCGUGUAUUCAAGAAUGAAGUAGUGCUUUUUUUUUUUUUUAAGAUUUUAUUUAUUUUUUUUGACAGAGAUCACAAGUAGGCAGAGAGGCAGGUGGGGAGGGGGCGGGGAAGCAGGCUCCCUGCUGAGCAGAGAGCCUGAUGUGGGGCUCUAUCCCAGGACCCUGGGAUCAUGAUCUGAGCUGAAGGCAGAGGCUUUAACCCACUGAGCCACUCAGGUGCCCCAACUAGUGCUGUUCUUAAAACUGCUUUCAUGGACAGCUAAGUUAGGUGAUGCAAACCUUGGGGGAGAAAGAUUUUUCUUGAAACAAAUGAUGAAUUUUAUAACCUAUUGUCAAUUAAGAUCUCAGUCUCUGGGCCACUGAACAUGGCAGGAUGAGACGGGCCAUGUAGUGGAAGCCUGGCGUCUGUCUGAGCCGGGCCCACACAGCAGGCACCUGGUGGACUGAACCCACGCCAGGGCCAGCCACGUGGGUCGGGGCGGCCGUGUCCACGUGGAGGACAGCCUGAGGCAUGCUUCCCGUGCGUGCUCCAUCAAGAUAGACCCAACUGUCUUGACUCCGCUGGGGUUUGGUGCACUGCCCUGGGCAUUUCAUUCUUUCCAGCUCUCUUUGGUGCCCACUGAGGGAAGCGCAGUGGUACAAGGGAACAGAGUCAGUUUUCUACCAUUUAGAAAAUCAGUUUGGAAAGUGAACAGAAUAAGAUGGAUUUGCAUGUUGAAAAAUAUCUCCUGUUUUGCCAUCGGUUAGGCUGGUAGUGCAGGGACAGUUCAGCCAGCCAUGGCGGUGGCUCUGCAGGGCUUGUGGGACCUGGGGUGGGCUGCCGUGGAAGGGACCUGCACAACUGGUUUUGCAGUUGCUUUUAAGAUGAAACUCAGCUUUUAAAGUAUUUUAGGAGUUUGACUUAGAGGUCCUUCUUUCCUUCUGACAUAGCCUUUUUUUUUUUUUUUUUUUUUUUUAAUUUUUAAACUCUCUUCAGCUCUGUUUUCUGCCAUCACCAGUAAUGUUAUGUAACAUAAACCACCUGUUACUGAUUUGGGCACAUUUCAGACUAAAUUACUAGUUGCUUUGACUGCAUUGGCUCUCUUAAUUAUUGCAAAGUAGAAAUGAGAAGUAAUCUUCCCUCCUCACUAAUUUAGCUUUGGGGGAACUAAAUGGCUUUUCCUCUUUCUUCCUCCCGAAGGCCUUUUAAGCAGUAGAAUGUGCUAAAUACUGGACUUGAUUCCGGGCGCCGAGUGCUCAUUUGCUGCCAAAGACCCACUCGGGGGCCCUUGUCCAGAAUGCUUUGAGACUACAUUUGGCCAGAGGCAGGGUUCCUUGAUUGCUCUAUUCAACUACAAGAGAGCCUAUAUUUUCCCCUCUUAAUACUAAUUUCCUUUUGUACCAUUUCUCUCUUUCUCUCUCUCUUUUUUUUUAUUGCAUUAGCAUUUGGGAGUCUGGCCUCAAGUUCAACUGAUCUUUAACACCCUCGUGGGUUGAGGCAAGGAAGGGGAGAGAAGUUCCUCUGAUGCAGGGUUCAGCCAGUGUUGCCUGUAAAGGGCCAGCAAGGAAGCACUUGCCACUUCAUGGGCCAUUUUCUGCCACCACUGCCCUGGGAAUGGGCACGCUGUGUUCUGUCACAACCUGAUUUACAAAAACAGCUGCAGGCUAGAUGUGGCUCUCCGGCCCCAGUUUGCCCAGUCCUGCUCUCGUCCCUUGUGGUGACGGCACCACGACCUUGCUGAAAGCACGCGUUAACCGCCUCAGAGCUGCAUGCGGCUGGAAGAGAGAAGUUCUGUAGGUGUGUGCGCCACGCUCCCUGUGUCCUCUGGGUACCCAUGCUUCUGUAGCUGGUGUUUCUAGCACACGGCAUAGCCCUUGUGGUGCGUAAUUGAACAGCCAGGCUCGGGCACUAAGGGACCGUCCCUCACUGCACUGACUGGUGCAUGUGCUCAUCGGGGGGGAUGGGCUUGGCUGUGCAGAACCUGCAGAACCCAGGGAAUUACCCCCCAACUGCUGGGUCAGCUGCUGGCUCCCCGCCCUCAGCUGGCAGCCCUCUUCCAGAGCCUUCUCCACGGAGAAGCCCCGCCUUAGACGAGGUCACUCACACCCCCUUCCUGGAGCAGCCAACUCCGGCCCCUACCUUCCUCCCUCCUCGUUCCUUCUUUUCCAUCCCCAGGUGUCGAUCCCAGGAACACUCGCCCGCACUCGUCCCUCAUGCAAACCUCACCUUGGCCUCUGCUUCCUGGGGCAGCCAACCAGCUGCAGGCCUCCGUACUUUCUUAGCACUGCCGGCUUGAAGCCUGAGGACACCGUGUUCCAAAUAUGUAGCAGAAUGACAGAGGGUGCCCGUAGGGUAUCAGACACCAUACAUGCGAACUAGAUAGACUUACUAUUUAUUCUGGAUGUGAAUUUGCUAUUUAUUCUAAAUGUUCGAUUUUAUGUUAUAGGACUGCCAAAUAAAAGUUUGAAUUGUG